GCGCGUCGCUCGCGUCUGUCAGUCGCACCGGGGUCGCCAGAGGGGUCGGACCGCUAUCUAGUCAUAUUUUUUUUAAUAUACAAUCAAAAGGUCACUAUGAAAGUGUUCAUCGUUCUGGCUGCGGCCGCUGCUCUUGCGAGCGCCCAAUUCAAGUGCCCCGCCAAGGAUGGCCAGUACGAAGACGACAGGCAAUGUGACAAGUUCUACGAGUGCGUGGAUGGAGUGGCCACAGAGAAGCUGUGUCCAGAUGGCUUGGUGUUCGACCAGCUGAUUAGGAAGAUCAACAAAUGCGACCAGCCCUUCAAUGUAGACUGCGGUGACAGAACCGAACUCCAGCCCCCUAAGCCCAACGGCAACUGCCCCCGCCGCAACGGUUUCUUCGCCCACCCCGACCCAUCGGUGUGCAACAUCUUCUUCAACUGCAUCGAGGGUGACUUCACCGAAGUCAAGUGCACCGCCGGACUGCACUUCGACGAGUACUCAGGCACCUGCGUGUGGCCCGAGUCCGCUGGCAGACAAGGAUGCAACAACCAGGAGAAGAAGACCAAGGAUGGUUUCGAGUGCCCCAAAGAGCAGCAGGUCGACUCCCAGGGUCUGCCCGUGGCCCACCCCAAAUUCCCCCACCCGUCUGACUGCCAGCGUUUCUACGUGUGCCUGAACGGCGUGGAGCCCCGUGACCUCGGCUGCCAAGCCGGUGAAGUGUACAACGAGGAGACCCAGCGGUGCGACGCCCCUGAGAAUGUCCGCGGAUGCGAGGACUGGUACAAGGACUCCGAGGAAGCGGCGCCAGCACCCAAAGCGAGGUCUUAGACUCUCUAGUGAUACUGCUAAUAUAGUGUAAUAUAAGACUUGAUAAGUUAAUACAAUAAGUUAAAUAACA